UCACGGCUUCUCUUCCUUCCACAGGAUGUUUCAGACCUUGUACAACUACUUCUGGUGGGAUCGGCUUUGGUUGCCAGCCAACCUGACCUGGGAUGACCUCCAGGGCCACGAUGACCAAGUCUACAGCAAAGCUGCUCACCUCUACUAUACUAUUCCUCUGGGCUUCCUCUUCCUCAUCAUUAGGCACGUUUUUGAAAUCUACAUCGCCACGCCACUGGCCAGGCUUUUGAACGUCAAAGAGAAAAGCCGAUUAAAAGCCAGCCCCAAUCCAGUGCUAGAGAAAUUUUAUUCCACUUCCUGCAAACAUCCCAAACAGGCGGCUAUUGAGGCGCUGUCCAAAAAAAGCGGCUGCACCCCACGGCAGGUGGAGCGCUGGUUCCGGCGGAGACGAAACCAGGACAGGCCCAGUUUGCUCAAGAAAUUCCGGGAGGCCAGUUGGAGAUUCACGUUUUACCUUGUUGCUUUCAUCGCUGGCAUGACGGUGAUAGUUGAUAAACCGUGGUUUUACAACCUCCGAGAAGUGUGGGAAGGCUACCCCAUGCAGCCCUUGCUACCUUCCCAGUACUGGUAUUACAUCAUCGAGUUGUCCUUUUACUGGUCGCUCUUGUUCCGCAUCGCCUCGGACGUGAAACGGAAGGAUUUCAAGGAGCAAGUGAUCCAUCACGUCGCCACCAUCAUCUUGCUGUGUUUCUCCUGGUUCACCAAUUAUAUCCGGGCAGGGACCCUCAUCAUAGCUCUGCACGAUGCCUCCGACUACCUGCUGGAGUCUGCCAAGAUGUUCAACUAUGCUGGCUGGAAGAACACCUGUAACAAUAUUUUCAUCGUAUUUGCAGUCGUCUUCAUUAUCACUCGCUUAAUCAUUCUUCCUUUCUGGAUUCUGCACUGCACCAUGAUCUAUCCUUUAGAGGUUUAUCCUCCUUUUUUCGGCUACUACUUUUUCAACAGCAUGAUGGUGGUCCUUCAGUGCCUCCACAUAUUUUGGGCCUACUUGAUCAUUCGCAUGGCUCAGAAAUUCAUAACUGGAAAGAUCCUGGAGGACGAGCGAAGCGAUCGGGAUGAAACGGAUUACUCUGAGAAGGAGGAAGAAGAAAAGGCUGCGGCGGGCACCGUGCCCCUUGCUGGAACUAAGAACGGGCCCCUCACCAACGGGCACCCUGUCUUGAACAAUAACCACCGGAAAGUAGAAUAAUUCCCCACUGGCUCUGUUCCCCCCCCCCCCCCCCCCGUGCCCGUCUCUCUCUCUCUCUCUCUCUCUCUCUCUCUCUCUCUUUCUGGCCCCAACUCAUCCCGAGUCCGUUGCGUGAUGCGUCACUAAAGCCUGGAGGGUGUUUCGUUUUGUGGCCAAGCCCAAAAUCAGAGGAAAGACGGUUUACCGGCACGAGGUUUCUCUGCCUACGAUUAUCCAGAAUGGUUCGCCCCGGUUUCCUCCCGCCCCCCCCCAUCACUUUUGGGGAGGGGGGUGCCGUGCUCCUAGUCAUCUGGCUCGGAGAAGGCGUCGUUCCCCCACGAGACCAGCCCCAAUCCUUCCGUUUGCUCCCCUCAACCUUCACCAAACUGCCUUAACAGUCGGGGAAGCCAGGAUGAGCCUCCGUCCUUCCCUCUCUCUAUUUCCAUUUUUUCCUCCCUACUUUCUGAACCCCC